CGCUUGACCUCAUGGUCUGCCCACCUCAGCCUCCCAAAGUGCUGGAAUUACAGGUGUGAGCCACCAUGCCCAGCCAGGAAUGACACAAAUGAAUUAUCUUGAAAGUAAAUGCCAUUAAGGAAGGAUAGCUGGAAGAUGGGGUGAGGGGAAUGGAGAAAGGACCACAGGGCUAGUCCCAUUUAAAUACAUGUGCCCCAUAAAACGAUUCCAUUUGACAAUAAGUUAAUUAUCUCAUAGCAUAAGGAAAAUACAAUAAUGCAGGAUGAUAAGCUUUCCUUUAUGACAUCCAACCAAAAAAGAUCUAGCUAGUACAAUUUCCUUUGCUAUAUUAGAAAGGCCGCUAGAGGUGAACUAAUUAGAUGGAAUCCUUGAGUAAAAGACUGGAUUAGCAGUGAAGAGAAAAAAGUCAGAUUGCUUUCCUUCUUUCCAUAGAUGUCUCAGGGAUAUAUUCAGUUUCCUCAGUUAGAAAAUAAAGAUAUGGUUACUUAAAUUUAGUAAGCGUUUUUAUGCAUACUUACAUGAAAUGUACAUUAUUUGAAUUCUUUAAAAAGAAACAGCUGCAUGAUAACAAAAAUUGUGUUAUGUUUGCUGUAGCUGAUAUUUUGCCUAGAACACAUAUCUUUCGGACAAGUAUCCUAGACACUUCUGCUAGUGAAUCACUCAGAAGGUAUUCCUAAGAAACAAUAUUUUUAAUCCAGGAAGUUUUGCAUUUUUAGAAAUUUAUCUUACCAUUUCCCAAAGAGGGACAGAUUCACUAAGAAUCAUGUGCUAAUAAUAUUUAUUUAAUAAUUAUUCCUGCUGAAAAUGUAUUAAUUAAUAAUGUUGGAACCGUGAGUGCAUUUUUGCCUUUAUUGCCAAUAAAUUCUUCUCAAAAGUGAGCCAUAAAGGUGCAUACUUCUUGGAGUUAAAGGUCUGAAUUAAGACAGUCCAGCAUAAGUCUCAUUAAUGUGUGAUCAUUUUGAGAAAAGCCAAGAAGCACCUAAGAAUCUCCCCCUCACUGUCCUGGUUCCCUGUUUCAUUUAGAGAUUCACUAUAAGUAACUGGAAGGCUUUCCUUGGGAGGAUUUAUUUGAAUCAGUCUUUCACAUGCAGAGGAUAUUGUAGAACAUCCCAGUUUUGCUGGCAGGAAUAUGAACAUCUGUUCUGAGGAAAGAAAAAGUUUCAUGCAAAUUACACAGCCAAAGAAGAGAAGGGCUGUUCAAGUUGAGAAACCAGUGACAUUUCUUGUAACUGAACUAUGAAUCAGCACAUUUUAAUCUUGAUAAUAUAUGGAAGUGCAAUAAAGUGGUAGGAAAUAGUGUUCAUUUUACGUAUGCGUUAUUUUAUUUCCUUGUGUGUAUGUGAGUGACUUCAUGGCAUCGACAUAGCUGUUUUUAAAUGAGGAUACAGUAAAUUGCAGUCCGAGGAAGGCUAACUGGAAUCAACAUACCUGUAGCUUUAGAAAGCAGCUUCCGCCCCAGCGAAGAGUGCAAGAGCGAUGGAACCCCAUGUUCCUGGAAGUUUGCACAUCAGAGUAAACAAACUUGAAAACCCCUCUUGAUAGCAGAAUUCACCCAGCCUUGUUCCAUUUUCUCUUAACAAAACACACCGCAAAAGCUCUCACAAGCUGCUUUGAUGAAGCCACAUGUAUUUCCCCCUUCACAAUUUACAGGAAGUUACUCUUAAAAGAAAGUGAUUCUGAUGUUUACCGCCUGUGUUAAAGGGACAGAGUUCCUUUUUAUUUCUGAUAACGUUUGAGCGAAAUACAGAAACUGUCCGUAGACUAGCACAGUUAGUACGUGAGUAAGGAAAAGCAAUAACCUGCUGUCCGGUAAGAGCAAAAUUCCUGCUACGAACAGUGCCUUACUGACUACUUGGAGACUGCAAGUCACAGAGGACACCAGGUAUUGACUGAUUAUGUAUGUAUUAAGGAAAGGUCUUAAAGUCUAAAGAAAAUGUGGUACCUCCUAAAAAGAGGGAGAGAGAGAGCACUUUGUGUGGAAGGAUACGGAGUGUGUUUAUAGUUUCAGUAAGAGUGUACAUUUUAAUUUUUCUCUUUCCCUCUGCCUCUUUGCCAAGUGGCCUGAGUGCAUCUGUUAACCAGAAGUAGUAUUUCUCUAGGACAAACUUGAAAUUCUUCAUUAUGCGUUGCCUUUAAGGAACAACAUACUUUCUUCCUGUUCGUUUUCCAAAAACACAAUGCCUGUGGCUGUGUGUGUGGUGUUUCAGCCAGCCUCCUCCCAGAUAAGGGGUUCCCUCUUCCCUCCUUUGGGUUGAAAGGAAAAAGCAAGGCUGGACACGUUUAUCAAGAGGAAAAGUGACUUCUCAGUAGUAGACUGUCAAACUCUGGCUGCUGCCCCAGUGUUCACUUUGUUAUGGCAGGUGAGGUUCACCUCUGCCCCACCCAGUGCUUCCACAAAAAGGCAAGGUUCCAAGUAUUCAUAUGAACAAGUGUUACUUUAGGACUUGGAGGGUUGGGGGUGGAGGAUGUUUGCAUAGUUGAAGCCUUGGGCGGGGGUGUAGGAAACUGCGAGUACAGAGGCCAUAGAAAAAGCUGAGACUCAGUUUGACGUCGUCAGCCGGCUUAGUCCUCUACCCAGUGACUCAAAGCACUAAAAGUCAGCAUAAUCAGAACUGAAGUCAGUAGCUCGCCCAUUUGCCAUUCACUGCAGUAGCAAAAGUAGUACUCUGUGGUGGGUUAAUAGGUUUGAGGCAGCUCCUUAAAUGAACAUUUGUGUUUCAUUUUUCUGUUAUUUUCCCGAACAUGAAAAGACGAUAAAACUGAAAUGGAAAAGAUCUAUUCCAGAGGGGAGCUUCUCCACUUCAUUGAUGGCUUUAAUGAAGAGAAAAGCAACUGGAUGCGCUAUGUGAAUCCAGCGCACUCUGCCCGGGAGCAAAACCUGGCUGCGUGUCAGAACGGGAUGAACAUCUACUUCUACACCAUUAAGCCCAUCCCUGCCAACCAGGAACUUCUUGUGUGGUAUUGUCGGGACUUUGCAGAAAGGCUUCACUACCCUUAUCCCGGAGAGCUGACAAUGAUGAAUCUCACACAAACACAGAGCAAUCUAAAGCAACUGAGCACCGAGAGAAAUGAACUCUGCCCAAAGAAUGUCCCAAAGAGAGAGCACAGCGUGAAAGAAAUCCUCAAAUUGGACUCCAACCCCUCCAAAGGAAAGGACCUCUACCGUUCUAACAUUUCACCCCUCACAUCGGAAAAGGACCUCGAUGACUUUAGAAGACACGGGAGCCCCGAAAUGCCCUCCUACCCUCGGGUUGUUUACCCCAUCCGGGCCCCUCUGCCAGAAGACUUUUGGAAAGCUUCCCUGGCCUACGGGAUGGAGAGACCCACUUACAUCACUCACUCCCCCAUUCCAUCCUCCACCACUCCAAGCCCCUCUGCCAGAAGCAGCCCCGACCAAAGCCUCAAAAGCUCCAGCCCCCACAGCAGCCCUGGAAACACGGUGUCCCCUGCGGGCCCCGGCUCUCAAGAGCACCGGGACUCCUACGCUUACCUGAAUGCGCCCUACGGCACGGAAGGUUUGGGCUCCUACCCCGGCUACGCACCCCUGCCCCACCUCCCGCCAGCCUUCAUCCCCUCGUACAACGCUCACUACCACAAGUUCCUCCUGCCCCCCUACGGCAUGAAUUGUAAUGGCCUGGGCGCUGUGAGCAACAUGAAUGGCAUCAACAACUUUGGCCUCUUCCCGAGGCUGUGCCCUGUCUACAGCAACUUCCUCAGUGGGGGCAGCCUGCCCCACCCCGUGCUCAACCCCCCUUCCCUCCCAAGCUCGCUGCCCUCAGACGGAGCCCGGAGGUUGCUGCAGCCGGAGCAUCCCAGGGAGGUGCUUGUCCCAGCGCCCCACAGUGCCUUCUCCCUUACCGGGGCCGCUGCCAGCAUGAAGGACAAGGCCUGUAGCCCCACGAGCGGGUCUCCCACGGCGGGCACAGCCGCCACGGCAGAACAUGUGGUGCAGCCCAAAGCUACCUCAGCAGCGAUGGCAGCCCCCAGCAGCGAUGAAGCCAUGAAUCUCAUUAAAAACAAAAGAAACAUGACUGGCUACAAGACCCUUCCCUACCCGCUGAAGAAGCAGAACGGCAAGAUCAAGUACGAAUGCAACGUUUGCGCCAAGACUUUCGGUCAGCUCUCCAAUCUGAAGGUCCACCUGAGAGUGCACAGUGGAGAACGGCCUUUCAAAUGUCAGACUUGCAACAAGGGCUUUACUCAGCUCGCCCACCUGCAGAAACACUACCUGGUACACACGGGAGAAAAGCCACAUGAAUGCCAGGUCUGCCACAAGCGAUUUAGCAGCACCAGCAAUCUCAAGACCCACCUGCGACUCCAUUCUGGAGAGAAACCGUACCAGUGCAAGGUGUGCCCUGCCAAGUUCACCCAGUUCGUGCACCUGAAACUGCACAAGCGCCUGCACACCCGGGAGCGGCCCCACAAGUGCGCCCAGUGCCACAAGAACUACAUCCAUCUCUGUAGCCUCAAGGUUCACCUGAAGGGGAACUGCCCUGUAGCCCCAGCUCCCGGGCUGCCCUUGGAAGACCUGACCCGAAUCAAUGAAGAAAUCGAGAAGUUUGACAUCAGCGACAAUGCUGACCGGCUCGAGGACAUGGAGGAUGACAUCAAUGUGGUCUCUGUCGUGGAGAAGGAAAUUCUGGCCAUGGUCAGAAAAGAGAAAGAAGAAACUGGCCUGAAAGUGUCUUUGCAAAGAAACAUGGGGAAUGGACUCCUCUCCUCAGGGUGUGGCCUUUACGAGUCAUCAGAUCUGCCCCUCAUGAAGUUGCCUCCCAGCAACCCGCUACCUCUGGUACCUGUAAAGGUCAAACAAGAAACAGUUGAACCAAUGGAUCCUUAAGAUUUUCCGAAAACACUUGUUUUGUUUCUUAAGUUAUGACUUGGUGAGUCAGGGUGCCUGUAGGAAGUUGCUUGUACAUAAUUCCAGCUCUGCAAAGCUCUCUUGAUAGCAAAUGGUUUCCCCUCACCUCUGGAAUUAAAGAAGGAACUCCAAAGUUACUGAAAUCUCAGGGCAUGAACAAGGCAAAGGCCA